UGAGAAAGUUUAGUUUCAUCUUCCCCAGAGCCUCUCUUCACAGGGUCCCGGCCGGCACAGAAACCUGCACUGACAGAAGCUGCUCACCAGAAGAGCAACUGGGAAUGGCCACCCCAUCCGUGGUGAUGAUCCAGCCUCAGCAUGGCAUGGCCAUUGCCUCGAGGAACAUAUGGCAGACAGGGCUGAUGGACUGCUGCACCGACUGUGGCGUCUGCUGCUGCGGCAUGUUCUGCUUCCCCUGCCUCGCCUGCCAAGUGGCUGGGGACAUGAAUGAGUGCUGCCUGUGUGGGACCAGCAUGGCCAUGAGGACCCUCUACCGCACCAGAUACAACAUCCCGGGGUCCCUUUGCUCUGACUGCUGUAUCACCAUGUGCUGCCUCACGUGCUCUGUUUGCCAAAUUAAGAGAGACAUCAACCGGAGGAGGGAGCUGGGCAUAUUCUGGUAA